CCCCACACCGCAAGCUCCGCGCACACAGCUCUCUGCCGGCGGAAGAUUGGUUGGACGGUUCGGUUGCCAUUUGGCGCAUUUCUGAGCUAUAACCGUGAACAAAGGGCGUCCAUUUAUUUAUUUACCGUCGUAUUUUUUAAUCGUACAGACCUAACAUUCAAGAUGAGCUCAAUUAACGUGAAGAAGCUGAAAGUGAACGAGCUGAAAGACGAGCUGAAGAAGCGGGAUCUGUCGGACAAGGGGCUGAAGGCCGAGCUGAUGGACCGCCUGCAGGCCGCGCUGGACGAGGAGGCCCUCUCUGGAGGAGACACCCCGCUGGACCAGGACGCUGCUGCUGCCGCGUCCAGUGAAGGUUUCGACCAGGCCGCAGACCAGGAGUGUAUGGGAGAGGAAGAGGAGGGCGAGGGCCAGGUGGAGGAAAGCAUGGAGGCCAACGAGGAGGAGGAGGAGGAGGAGGAGGAAGAGCCGGAGAACGGGGGCGAAGGAGGAGAUGGCGCCGCCGAGGAUGAAGAGAUGGGAGAGGGGGAAGAGGACGAGGAUGAUGAGAUGGAUCCCAUGCUGAAGGGAGAUGUGGACGACAUGGAGAAAAUAGAAGCGGAGGACGGUGAGCCCGGGGACCAGGCCGCUGAGGGGGAUGCGGACAAAGACACGAAUGCUGAUCAGAAGAAUAAGAAGGGUGUUAAGAGACGCCGGGAGGAACAUGGAAGGGGCUACUUUGAAUUUAUUGAAGAGAACAAAUACAGCUGGGCCUCAUUUAAGUCUCCUGUGCCACCUCUGGAGGAAGAAGAUGAGGAGCUUGAUGAAACAAAAGUCUGCCUUGAUGCCUACAACAGCGACCUGCACUUUAAGGUGUCACGGGACAGAUACAGUGCCUCAUCUCUCACUAUGGAGAGUUUUGCUUACCUGUGGUCUGGAGGCAAGGCCACCUAUGGUGUGAACAAAGGCAAAGCUUGCUUUGAGAUGAAGAUUACAGAGAAAAUACCAGUGAAGCACAUUUCCAGCAAGAACAUGGAGAUUCAUGAUGUGCAGGUCGGCUGGUCCCUGUCCACUGGCACCCUGCUCCUUGGAGAGGAGGAGCACUCUUAUGCAUACUCUGGAAAAGGCAAAAAGACCACCAACUGUGUGACCGAGGACUUUGGAGAAACGUACGAGGAGAAUGAUGUCAUCUGCUGCCUUAUUGACUUUGAGGGUGAUGAGUUUGUGUUGUCCUUCGCGAAGAAUGGCGGGGAGCCGGCUGUUGCUUUCCAAGUUAGCAAGGACACCCUCAACGGCCAGGCCCUGUUCCCGCAUGUCAUCUGCCACAAUUGUGCUGUGGAAUUUAACUUCGGCCAAAUGGAGACUCCAUACUUCCCUGAGCCCCAGGGCUACACCUUCAUGCAGCAGGUCCCCGUGAGUGAUCGAGUCCGGGGGCUCAAGGGUCCACAGACCAAGGCUGACUGCGAGAUCAUAGUGAUGGUUGGCCUGCCAGGUUCAGGGAAGACUACAUGGGUGAAGGACCAUGUUCAGGAGAACCCUGGCAAAUACUACAUCCUGGGCAGUGACACCAUUGUGGACAAGAUGAUGAUCAACAGUCUGAAACGCCAGUCAAAGGACAUCACAAAGCUCACUGCUAUUUCCCAGCGUGCACCACUCUUCCUUGGAAAGUUUAUUGAAAUUGCUGCCCGCAAGAAGAGGAACUACAUCCUGGAUCAUACAAACCUGUCUGCCCCGGGCCAGAAGAGGAAGAUGUGCUUGUUUGCAGGCUUCCAGCGUAAGGCAGUGAUUGUCUGCCCCUCUGAUGAGGACUACAAGCAGAGAGUCCAACAGAAAGUGGAGAGUGAUGGCAAAGAAGUGCCUGAACACGCUGUCCUCAAAAUGAAAGGCUUCUACUCUCUGCCUGAGGCAGGAGAGAGCUUCAGCGAGGUCAUCUAUGCUGAGCUGCAGAAGGAGGAGGCUGCCAAGCUGCUUGAGCAGUACAAAGAGGAAAGCAAGACCGCUCUGCCUGCCGAGAAGAAACCUAACCAGGGAAGCACAACACCAAAGAGAGGUGGAGGCCUGCGUGGUGGUGGCCGCGGAGGCAAGAACCAGUUUGGCCGUGGUGGUGGACCGGGCCAGAGAGGUGGCGGCCGUGGAGGAUUCCAGAACAGAGGCAACUUCAGAGGAGCUCCAGGCCUUCGUGGCGGCUUCAACCGUCCACCACGCGGCUUCCUGCCUCCCCCAGCUUACAGAGGAGGCUUCCCCAACCGUGGAAACUUCAAUAGGGGUGGUCCCAUUCCAAGCCUUGGUGGAUCCCCCAGGGGCGGAUCCCCUAGGGGUGGACCCAUGAGAGGUGGCAACAUGGGACCCAGAGGGGGACCAAUGAACAGAGGUGGCCCAAUGCACAGGGGGAACAUGAACAGAGGAGGUGGAGGCAACAUGAACCGUGGAGGAAACAGGGGUCAUCCCGGACAGUUCCAUCAGAGAGGUGGUAACCGUGGCAACUUUGGCCACAAAAAUGGAAACUAUGGUAACGACAGGAACAGAGGCAGCUUCGGCAACAGGAAUGGCAUGGACAAGGCCCAGGCCUUCAACCAGAGCUGGCAGCAAGGGUUCUGGAACCAGAAGCCGUGGAGCCAGCAGUAUCAGCCUGGAUAUUACUAAGACACUUGUUCUUACGGACUGGUGGCCCAAACAGAGAUCCACCACUAGCCAAGGAACAUCCCUCCAUCCUGCGUUUUGAUUUUCUUUUUUAAAACAACCCACUUUUAAUAAUCUUAAAGCCCUCGUCUGACCUGUACGAUGUUGAGCAACAACAUUCCACAUCAGAGAGGAAACCAGGCAUCCUGAGUGUAUCUGAAGGUCUAUAUAUAUAUCUAUAUACACAUGUAUGAUGUGGGUUAAGUUUCGUUAAGUCAACUAUCCGUUUUCGUUGUAUAUUUCAUUCUCUUUUUUUUUUUUCACCACUUUUAAAUGACCUGCUUUUAAAGAGAAUUUCAUGUUUGUAUUUUCAGGAACCCCAAACAUUUUGCCAGCCUGGCAGAUGUUGAGUUUUUUUGUUUUUCUUAGCGCUGUGCAUUUUAUCUGUGCUGUGAUUUUCUGUUUUGCUUUUUUUAUUACAAAUUGUAAAUAUCUUUUUUUGUAGUUUUAUGCGAAAUUUGAGAAUAACUCAUGAUUGAAAGGAACCUUGGCUUAUUAGUGAGAAGCAUGGUAGGUGAUUAUACUGUUAGACCUGUGUGUGUCAGUAUAGUCCACUGUCAAUCAGUUCAACUGAAUCCACAAAUGAAUUACAGCAAGCUUUUUUUUUUUUUUUUUAAUGUUAUGUUCCCAGUAUCAAACCUGUAACCGAAACUCCAUAGACCUACAAUAAACAACUCGUUGGCUUUUUGUUUUAAACAUACUUCCUGGCUUAUGACUUUUGAUUCACUUCAAAGGUGUGUAAAAGACCUUUGAACGGGCGAUGUCCCCGUUUGCUACUUCAAACAGAGUCGACAUCAGCCCCGCUACAAGCCCAAGUUUACGCCUCAUUACUUUAAGUAUUCCCUCCUGGUGUCCUGUCUUUGAUGUCUUUACAGAUCCUUUAAGCGAUUCCAGUGUACACCGCUUUGACAAAGUAUUUUAACAUUUUUAAGGAUACAAGUAAGCCAUUGUACUGCUACAUUCUGCCUUUAAAUUAGUGUUUUUUUUAAUAAUAUGUGCUUAGAAUUAAAGGAUAGACUACACUUUGUCCCAAGGGAAAAGUCCGGAUCUUACUCUUAUUUUUUUUUAUUGUUUAAAAUCCCUUUAGUGCAGUAGACUUAAAAAAAAGAAAAGAAAAAGCAAGCACUGACCAGCCCCAAAAACAAAAUCAGAACUGUGAAAGCAUUUCUUGAAAAUGAGUGUUGAUAUCACCAUUAAAGUUUUGAGCAUAUAUCUGAUGAUCGGAGCACAACUCGGGACUGAAAGCAGACAGGCAGGGUUAGUCAUUUUCACCAGCAAACCUAAAGGGCUACACAGCAUCACAACACAUCUAAUACAAACACCAUUAGCACUUCAUGAAAACAAACGGAAAAGCCGCAGACCUAACCCUUUUUCUGUUUCCGUCAGUUGAAAAGGCACAUUUGGUUGUUGACUGUGUGGCCUGGUAAUAAUGGCGGCUGCUCCUAACGUGUGUCAUGAGCCGACAGAGGACACCCAGCAUGUGUUCCAACUCCAGACCAUCAUCAGAGUUGCAAAAAAAACAAUGACAGUAGAUCAGACAAAAUAUGGCUGUGUGUGUGAGCCCAUUUUUUUUUUUUUUUUUAACUUUUGAAUCCGCGUGUUAUUUAUAAGAAGCGUGUAAAUAUUGAACCACUAUUUCAGCCAUGCACGAAUGUUCAUAAAAUUGACUUCUAAAUGUAUUGUGAUUAAGAAAGUGUUAGUUUGCCCGAGUACUGCUGUGUGAUGAUUGUCUACUAUAUUGAAAUGUCUGGAGAGUUUGUGCCCUCCUCUUUUAAUUGUACUGGAUCCAUAAAUCUAUCCGGAUGACGAGCUUUGAGUUUACAGUAUAACCUAUAAUAACACGACAGACUAUAUUUUUAAAUGGCUUUAUGUUGCAGGGUGUAUAUCAGGUCUUUAAUGUGUAAACCAACAAUGCAAAAGCUUUUUCUAUCAGACAAUUUCUAAUAUUUGUGUUUUGAAGAAGAAAAUUGCGGUUGAAUUUUUUAUUUUAUUUCUCUCUCAACUCUAUUAAAGUUUACGAACUGGUUAA